CUCGCCAUAUUUUGUUGUUUGCUUGCAUGUAACGUAGCUGAAAAUUUUCAUUGUGCUCAUUAUAUCGUUGUCAUUCACACUAAUCAGUUAACAUAAAUAACUUUGUCUCUUUCUCUGUUUUUCUUUUUUCGAAUUGUCUUGUGAUCGAUUUCCAACAAUUCAAUCGACGCGUUAUGAGUCGUGAAAAUGUGGUUGAUAUAUCGAACAAAACUGUAACAAGCGGUUUCGAAUGUUCUGGAGCAGGGUAUAAAGUCCGAUUCCCGGAUGAGUCAAACAUCUUUCAUGAAGAACCCUUUCAUCGAUCGAUGGUUUGCUUUUCUUUAAAUCACAAUAUAACAAUAACCAAUAAUUAUAACGAACAAGAUUUGGAUAGUUACAAUGAGGGUGGCCACGGCAUACAAAUAGAUAAGCGUGAAUUAGGUCACAGGUACGCAUAUCGAUCACGAGGUGCUGAUGAUUAUUUGAAAAUAGCACAAAAUGUGGCUGAAGGAUGUGAAUGACGACGUCUUACCGGCUGCGAUUUUCGUGAACUCGCGAAGCUGCGUCCAAAACGAAAUUUUUGUGAAUCGUAGUCUUCAUUUAGAAAAUAUCAAGUUUUAUGGCUUCGACAUGGAUUAUACUUUGGCAGAAUACAAAUCACCAGAAUACGAACAAUUGGGUUUUACAUUGUUAAAAGAUCGUCUAGUAUCUCUGGGAUAUCCAGAAGAAAUUAAAGCAUUUGAAUAUGAUCCUAGUUUUCCGGUACGAGGAUUAUGGUUUGAUAGUCUUUAUGGAAAUCUUCUUAAAGUGGACGCUUAUGGAAAUAUCUUAGUUUGCGUUCACGGUUUCGAAUUUUUGAAACAUUCACAAGUAUAUGAGCUUUAUCCGAAUAAAUUUUUACAAUUAGAUGAAUCUAGAGUAUAUGUGCUCAAUACACUAUUCAAUCUUCCCGAAUCAUAUUUAUUAGCAUGUUUGAUAGACUUUUUUACAAAUUCGCGGCAAUACAUACCAGACAGAACAGGGGUAAAAGAAGGAGAACUUACGAUGACUUUCAAAAGCAUAUUCCAAGAUGUUCGAAACGCUGUAGAUUGGAUACAUCUUCAUGGUAAUUUAAAAACAAAAACAAUGGAAAAUUUAGAUCUAUAUGUGAAGAAAGACAGGAGACUACCAAUGUUUCUUAAUAGGAUUAGAGAAAGCGGGGCAAAAAUAUUUCUCUUAACAAAUAGCGAGUACGUUUUUACUAAUAAAAUUAUGACUUAUCUCUUCGAUUUUCCACAUGGUGCAAAGCCUGAUGAACCUCAUAGAAAUUGGAAAACAUAUUUUGAUACUAUAGUAGUAGAUGCUAGGAAACCACUAUUUUUUGGUGAAGGUACAAUUUUACGGCAAGUAGAUACUAAAACUGGAGCUCUAAAACUUGGCACGCACAAAGGUCCACUUCAUACAGGAGAAGUUUAUUCAGGAGGCUCAUGUGAUGUAUUCACCGAAUUAAUAGGCGCAAAAGGCAAAGACGUAUUAUAUAUUGGUGAUCAUAUUUUCGGUGAUAUCUUAAAAAGUAAAAAGAUUAGAGGAUGGAGAACAUUUUUAGUAGUACCUGAACUUGUACAAGAGCUUCACGUUUGGACCGAUAAAUGUCAAUUAUUUGCCGAGUUACAAAAUUUAGAUGUUAUGUUAGGCGAAAUGUACAAAAAUUUAGAUAGUAGUACAAAAGAAAAACCAGAUAUUUCCAAGCUGCGAACAUCUAUAAGAGAUGUUACUCACAAAAUGGAUUUAGCUUACGGAAUGAUGGGUUCAUUAUUUCGUAGUGGGAGUAGACAAACCUUUUUCAGUAGUCAAGUUGUAAGGUAUGCUGAUCUUUAUGCAGCAACUUUCUUAAACCUUAUAUAUUAUCCAUUCUCGUAUAUGUUUCGAGCUCCUGCUAUGUUGAUGCCUCAUGAGAGUACAGUAGCUCAUGAACAGAGAUUUGUUAUGGAAACACCAAUGAUUAGUCGAUCUCGAACAUCUAAGCUUAAUGAUGAAGAAGAAGAACAGAAUAAUCCUACCAAAACUUUGUAUGUGGAUUGUCCCAGUAAUCAAAUACCUCAUGCAAGGCCUGAAACACCACGUAAUGUGACGCAUACACAUGAUGAAGAUUGUAGUGAUGAGGAUAGUGAUUCACAAAAAGCAAACCAUGUAAGAUCAUGUACAAAGAAUUCUAAAUGAAUUAUUUUUACUAUCGUU